CUUGCUGUGCGUGGGCAGCGACGGGACGGAGAGAGAGAAAGGUGGUGACUAAAAAUUAAUCAUGUCAGGCGCCGUCGACAGUCCGUACAUGAGGGAAGAGGGCUGCAGAGGCGUAUAGGGCUGACGUCAGGAUUUGGUGGCUGGUAGUGUGAGAGCGUUGGCGAGAAUAGUAGUCACAUGACGCCCUCUGCGACACGUCAAAUCAGACGGCGGCUCGCUCUCAUUUUCUUUCGUUGUCUCUUUGAAGGAGAGUAGCACGCCUCCUCUCCCGUCCUCCUCGGUCUCUUUGGCUAGAAGAUACGGAAUAGAAAGAGAGAGCGAGAGAGGGAGAAUCGACAUGGGAUCGAGAGGAGACGGGCAUCAUUACAGAGGGGUCCGGAAGAGGCCGUGGGGGCGGUACGCGGCGGAGAUAAGGGACCCGUGGAAGAAGACCCGGGUGUGGCUCGGCACGUUCGACACCCCCGAGGAGGCCGCGCUCGCCUACGAUCGCGCCGCCCGCUCCCUGCGCGGCGCAAAGGCCAAGACCAACUUCCCCUACCACCACACCUCGGCCCCUCCGCCGCUGCACCUCCCGCCUUCCGCCACUCUCGACCUCAACCUCCCGUGCCACUGCUGGCUCGUCCCCGCGCCACCGCAGGCCGUUCCUCCCUCUCCGCCACCCCCGCCGUCGACGGCGCUAGUCCUAGGCAGUUUCGCACUCUAUGACCCCGCCAAGACUCCGUCACCGGAAGCGAGGAACGCGGCAGCUCCAGACACGCCGGCGUCGUCCUCGGCCUCCCUCUUCCGGGACGUCGGGAGGGAUUUGCUUCUCGAUCUCAACGAGCCGCCGCCGGCAUCGUCACUGCUGAUUGGUUGAGCAGCUAUUUUAACUACUGUUCUCUUCCGUCUACUCUUUGCUCAUCUCUCCUCCUCAAAGUUGUUUUCCCCCGUCUACCUCUUGCGCUGGAAUCAUAUCUCUGUUUAGAUGUAAGAUCAGACGACCGUGUAAUUAGAGAUCUUCUUUUCGAACAAUUUCUUUCCUCCA